AUGACGAUAUCAUCAUCGUCGGUGUUGGAUGCGAGAGCGCGGAUUUGUGAACGAUGCUGCUCGUAUCAACACAAGAAAACUCGGAGGAGAAAAAGUGAACCGCCGUUUGCCUCGUCGUCAUCAUCGUCAUCGACGACAACGAAAGUUGCUGCUGCUGCUGUUGUUGUUGCGUCUUCUUCGACACAGCGUAACGACGAGAACGAAAGGACAACGUCGACGACAACUAAAACUCAUAGCAACAGACGAGCAUUUUUAGUCUCGUCCACUUCGUUGUUUUCUCUCUGUGUAGCGGCGAUUGCUCGGUAUCCUUUACCGUCGUCAAAAAUCGCCGCCCACGCAGCAACAAUAACAAUACAAAACGAAGAAGAAGUACGAAAAAAUUUACGCCAAGUGCUCGAGAGUAAAAUACAAAAAACAAAGUGUCCGGCGGUGUUGAGAGUUGCAUUUCACGACGCGGGAACGUUUAAUAAAGCGUCGAACGAUGGUGGAAUGAAUGGGAGCGUUUUGUACGAAUUAGGACGUCCAGAAAGUUUUGGUUUGAAGCGAGGACUGAACCCGAUAAAAGAGGUGUACGAGGAGAUGAAAGUGAGAGGUUUCGGCGACGACACCGGCGGAGUAUCGUUAGCGGAUUGCAUAGCUUGCGCAGGAGCUUACGCAAUCGAACUCACUGGUGGCCCAAAAUUCUUAGAAUCCAUCCCGCUUGGACGUAGAGACGCUUCCUCUGCGGAUCCAGAAAACCGCAUGCCAGUCGAGACGCUUCGAGGAAAAGAGAUGCGAGAACAUUUCCAAAACUUGUACGGGUUAUCCUCCCAGGAAAUGAUUGCGCUUUCUGGAGCACACACGAUAGGACAAAAAGGAUUCGGUGACCCGUACACUUUCGACAACGAGUAUUUCGUGACGUUAAAAAAGGAUCCGUGGAACUUACCAAACUUAACCAAAGACGAGUUGGAGAUGAACGAACACAUCGGUUUGUUAUCGGACCGAUACUUGGCUGAGGACGAAGAAAAUAAAAAGUGGAUUAAUAAGUACGCCGAAGACGCUGGAGCGUUUAACAAAGAUUUCGUCGAAGCUUACAUCAAAUUGACGACAUUAGGAGUGUAA